AUGGCCGAUUGCUCGUCAAAAGUUCUUCCCGUGGCAAUCUCAAGCUUCUUUUACACAAAUUCUAUGUUGGCACCAAUGUGCAUUCUGUCCAUGAGUAUUGUUAUAAUGAUAAUUUUCUCCACGUCAAAAUCAAUUCCAAAACCGCACCAAGUUGUUUGGGGAACGGAAGCGAUUAUGACUUUUAUAAGCAUGCUUUUUACGUUUCUUGUUUGGUUCCUUGUACAUAGCAACAGAGGCGCAUAUUUAACGGGGCAAGUAAAGGACGACGUAUCCAGGAAAGUUAAGCUUGUUUUCCUCUGGAUAUUUGGUCUUGGUAACAUUUUAAAUUCUGGAUUUUAUAUGGCCACCAACAUUGGCUGCUUGAUUAAUGGUGGUCCAAAACCAUAUGAGGGUGAACAAUUUGCACGCAUUCUUUGUCGUGUCAUUGAGAUAUUUUUCUGCAUUGGACAGUUGGGAUUUCUAAGUCUUUAUGGAAAGUACAGAUUUAAAUCAUCCUCUCUUAUUAAUUAUGGAAUAUCUUUUAUGGUCAUUGCUCAUCUUCUUCGAUGGUGUAGAUCUUUCUUUGAUUCGGUUAUGGAGGAAAGUCGUAUGUCAUCAAUGUCCAAUAAAACAACUAUCUAUGACUGCUUUUACAAUUCAGUUAUUUAUAUUUCCAUUCGAAAAAUAUCUGCUCCAUAUAUCGGACCUAUCAUCGAUGAAUACUGUUUACUAUCUGUUGCCAUAGCUAUUAAAAUGUUCAUCACAUUUGACGUUGGCUCAAGCAUACAAAUAGAGGAAGAGGCAACGAGACAAGGACAUUCGAGAACUGGUUCCAUGAUUGAUCAGUUGUCCGCCGUUUCACGGAAUAUGUUCGAAAAGCCGAGACAUCGACAGUCUUUCAUUGUUUCAAUAGGAUGUGGCAUAACUUUAUCAAUCCCCUUUUUAGUGGCUUAUUUUUUACCCCUCUUUAAUCGCAAAUUGUCUUGGAUAGACAAUAUUACUAGAAUACCUUAUGACUUAUUGAACUUAUUUCUUUUGUGUUUCGGAUAUAGACAAUUCAAUUUACAAUUUCACGAGAAAUUAGAUAGACAUUCAGAAAAAAUAAUAUACCAACCCGUUCUUAUUUUCGUAACAGCUGGAGCCAUUGCUUACACUACCUUUGGUUGCAUACCCGGGGUGAUGUUUUUACACCAAACUGCUGGCCGUGCUCUUCUAGUUGAUAAAAGCAUUCAGGCGAUUAAUAUCAUUUUCCAGAGCAUGCUUAUACUACAUGUUCAAACAUUCUGCUUCAAGGAUGCUAAGGUCCAUGUACAUGUAGCCUGUAUUAAAGUUCAUAACACAUUUUUGUGUUUAUUCGUUAUGAACAUCAUUCAUUGGACAUCAAUUACUUUCAGAAAACCUAACAGUACUAUGUCUCUUGAGAUAGCUUUCUAUGGAGAGGACUACUGGAGAGUGAUUAUGCAUAUGACGUAUCCUAUCAUUUUGUUUUACCGAUUUCUGACUGCAAUAGAAAUGUAUGAACUUUAUAGAAAGACCAUCAUUUACAGACAAUGUUAAGUUUUUACUGAUAUUAUAUUUCAGAUUUUCAUUUUGUACAUAUAUUAGUCAUGUCAAGGAAACUAAGCUCAGUUCUAAUAUUGCAAUAUACUAUAAAUUAAACCAAGCAACAUAAAUAAGAUCAUAAUUAUGCAUGCCGUAUGCAUACUGAGUGUGAUUGAUGGAUUUACCGUAUAUUGUUUUACGUCCCAUUCGAGAAUUUUUUCACCAUAUACCGGUGAAGGGCUUAAUUUAGUCCUUUACUCGGCUCCCCAGGCCAUUGAGCAGUGAGGGUUCUUUAUCGUGCCAACGCCUGUCGUGACAUGGUUCUUCGGUUUUUAAGGUCUCAUCCGAAAGACCCGCAACUUUCACUUCAAAGUGCCGAGCGCUUGGCGAAGGAACAGUUACUACAUAUUCUUUAUUGACUUGGGUCAGUCGUGGACAAGAUUCUAACCCACGACCAUCCGAUCAGGAGCGAGCGAUACACUGAGCAUGAUGUUUUAUUUCUUAUGCUUUAUUUGUCAGAAAAUACGAUUAUUAAGCAAUGCAAAUCACUUUUGUGUAUAUUUUAUCAAU